AUGACACUCAGAAUACUGUUCACAUUACCAGGCAUGGUUCUGGUAUUCCAGCAUGCGAGUGUCAAUCUGAGCACAUUUUUAGAGGCAGGUGUACGCUUUCGUCUUUCAUCUUUAUUUGAUCGCGUUAGAAGAUGCCCGUUGAUUACGGCCUCUCUUCGCGUGGAGCAAGCAAUACUCUCCUUGGAAAAGGCUGCUUGGUCGUUCAGGAUGUUGCCGAGCAAGAUUGUCAUCUUCGAGGUCAAUUUCGACCAGUGUUCUGAACCGCCUGCAUGCAGGGAAGGCAUAGCGUGCGCGAACUGGCCGCUGUCGUGGAUUUCUGUUGAAGUAAUUUGCAGUCAGUCAAUAGUUGGAACAAGCAGGGGGAUUUUACACGUUGGUUAUCGAGGAGAAUUGGAG